UGGCAGUUUCUCUCUCCCUCUCUCCAGAACCCUCUCUCUCUCUCUCUAGAGUUUUCCGUCUCUUCGGGCAGAGUUGCAUACGCAAGUACGAGGAAGACCUUGUGAUAACAGCAGAAUCUGCGACUAGGGUUUGGAUUUAGGACGGAAUAAAGAAAGAAGGGGCAAGAAGAUGUUUGGUCGGGCGCCGAAGAAGAGCGACAAUACGAAGUACUAUGCGGUAUUGGGGGUGUCGAAGGACGCGAGUCCGGAGGAUCUGAAGAAGGCUUAUCGGAAGGCGGCAAUCAAGAACCAUCCCGACAAGGGCGGGGACCCUGAAAAGUUUAAGGAGCUUGCUCAAGCUUAUGAGGUGCUGAGUGACCCUGAGAAGCGUGAGAUUUAUGAUCAAUAUGGUGAGGAUGCACUCAAAGAAGGAAUGGGUGGUGGCGCUGGUAUGCAUGACCCGUUUGACAUUUUUCAGUCCUUCUUUGGCGGUGGCAGCCCAUUUGGAGGUGGUGGUAGCAGCAGAGGACGAAGGCAGAGGAGGGGAGAAGAUGUAGUUCAUCCCUUGAAGGUCUCUCUUGAGGAGUUGUACAUCGGGACAUCUAAGAAGCUCUCUCUGUCUCGAAAUAUUAUUUGCUCAAAGUGCAAUGGGAAAGGUUCAAAAUCUGGAGCUUCAAUGAAAUGUGCUGGCUGCCAAGGAUCCGGAAUGAAGGUCACAAUUAGGCAACUUGGACCCUCUAUGAUCCAGCAGAUGCAGCAUCCUUGCAAUGAAUGCAAGGGUACUGGCGAGAGCAUUAAUGAGAAAGACCGUUGCCCUCAAUGCAAAGGUGAGAAAGUUGUCUCAGAGAAGAAGGUGGUGGAAGUUAUUGUGGAGAAGGGCAUGCAGAAUGGACAGAAAAUUACAUUCCCUGGAGAAGCCGAUGAAGCGCCCGAUACAGUCACGGGAGAUAUAGUGUUUGUCCUACAGCAGAAAGAACAUCCAAAGUUCAAAAGAAAGGGCGAUGACCUCUUCGUAGAGCACACCUUGUCUCUGACUGAAGCUUUAUGCGGCUUUCGAUUCAUUUUAGCUCACUUGGAUGGCAGGCAACUCCUUAUUAACUCAAACCCUGGGGAAGUGGUCAAGCCUGAUCAAUACAAGGCAAUAAAUGAUGAGGGUAUGCCGAUGUACCAGAGGCCAUUCAUGAAGGGGAAGCUGUAUAUUCAUUUCACUGUAGAAUUCCCCGAUUCUCUGAGCUCAGACCAGGUCAAAGAGCUGGAGGCCGUGUUACCCCCGAGGCCAUCAAUGGGGAUGUCGGAUAUGGAGCUGGAUGAGUGCGAGGAGACCACACUGCAUGAUGUCAACAUUGAAGAGGAGAUGAGGAGGAAGCAGGCCCAGGCUCAGGAGGCCUAUGACGAGGAUGAGGAGACGCACGGUGGAGGCCAGAGAGUGCAAUGUGCCCAGCAGUGAUAAUCUGAGUUUCUCUAUGUUCUUUCGGUUCUUGUUUCCAGAAAUGAUUGAAGAAAAAAAAUGGUAGUUGUAUGCAUAGAAGACUUCUGGGAAUCCACAAUAACAUGUGUUAGAGCAGUGUGUGUUGUUUUGUUAACAUGAGGAAAAGUACAACAUCUAUUGGUGAACGAUUAUGUGUUUUGAAAUUGUUACCUGGGGUUACCUUAA